UUGGGAAUUGACAGGUAGUGUUUUUAUCUGAAAAAGGAACGUAUUGUGCAUUCGUCCCUUGUGUAAUAAAUACUUUGGAUUAUUGUAAUUAUGUCUGAAAAUAGAGAAGAAAUCCUUGCAGAUUUCCAGGCCUGUACUGGAAUCGAGGAUGUUGCAGAGGCAAUUUACCACCUGGAUGAAACCAACUGGGAUUUGCUUCGUGCAGUCAGUCGGGUUAUGCCACCUGACAGUCAGUCAUUUCAACCACGUUCCGAUCCAGACGUGAUGGUUGUUGAUGAUUAUAUUAAUGUCCCAUCCAGCCCCAUUGAGACAGCCACCGAUAUGAUGGAGGUUGGCAAUAAUGUUGGGCAUUCUCGAGUUGUCAGUAAUCAAACUAGUGAUCAACCUUCUACUUCUAACUUAAGGAAUAGUUCAGCCAAGAUGCUCAAGUUUAAUGUACAAUAUUGUGAUAGAAUAAUUACAAUAGAAUUGCCAGAAACUGCUACUAUUUCUGACUUGAGAUUGAGAUUAUUUAAUGAAUUGAAGAUAUCACCAUGUCGCCAAGUAUUAUCUGGAUGGGCGAGGAUGAGUCAGUAUGGAAAUACUCCUUUUUCUGCUUUGCAACUGCCACAAGAAAAUGCAUUGCACUUAACAGUUAAACCUUCAGAGGGAGGUUUUUCUGCAGAAGAUGAUGGCGAAGUACAAGAAAAACUAACUGGCAAAUACACACUUAACAUUAAAUGCGAUGAUAAGACUUACAAUCUCAAAUAUCCAGGCACUCAAAACAUUUUGAAGGUGAAAGCGGACGUAUACACACUAACAAAUAUUCAUGUACGCAAUCAAAUUUGGAGCGGAUGGCCCCCUAAUAUAGACGAUCAAACCAUGUUAGCUCUUUCAGGCAUUAACUACCCUGAACAUGACUUAACCGUAAAACGCUCUUGCCCCGUCAACCACAAUAAAGAAAAGAAACAAAACAGUGCUAAUAUAGUACAAAUUGACAGCGAUGAUGACGAAUUUGAAGAUGCGUCUGAAAGCUUUAACGUUGAUGACGAAUACUUUGUUGAUAAUCCUCCUGCCAAACGGACUGAACCGUUGAUUCCAGAUACUAUAGAAGAUGAGAUUGUCGGUAGUAUAAGUUUUUCUGAACAAUUUACAAAUAGAUACGGACCAGUUCACCCCGCGUUUUAUCAAAGUACUCUAGAAGAAGCCAUCAAGGAAGCGUGUUCCAAGCCAGCAGCGGAAAGAAAAAUCCUGGCGAUUUAUCUUCAUCACGACUCGAGCGUUUUAACAAACGUCUUUUGUACCCAACUUUUGGGGUAUGAAAGCGUCAUGCAAAUGUUUGAAACUAACUUUAUAUUGUGGGGUUGGGACCUCACUUUUGAAUCAAAUCGUACUCGGCUGCAAACAUAUGUAAAUAAUGCUUUAGGAGCAACAGCAGCCAUGAGUUUACGAAAUAUACCAGUUGACAGAUUGCCAGCGUUAGUUUUAAUUAUGAGAAUUCGGUCUUCAACGGAUAUUUUUAAUGUUAUACAUGGUAAUGUUGGCGUCAACGAGUUGUUGUCGAAUUUAAUUGAAGCGGUAGAAGUUUUCACCGAACAUCAACGUGUUGAAAUUGUUGAAGAGAAAGAAAGAGCGGAACGCGAAUUGGUCAAGUGGGAGCAGGAUGAGGCAUACCGUGAAAGUCUAGAAGCUGACAGAGCAAAAGAAGAAGCCCGAAGGCAACAAGCUCAAGCGGAGUCGGAAGCCCGACAGAGGAUAGAAAACGAAAAAGCUCUUGAAUUGGCUAGGAAAGAAGCUCAUCGCAAAGAAGUGGAAGCUAGUUUGCCGUCGGAACCACCUCUAAGCCAAGGUGACGGCAUUGCCAAGAUCCGGUUCCGACUGCCCAGCGGUGAAAAUAUAGAACGUAGAUUUCAAGCGACUACGCCUCUUAAAGUCUUGUUUGACUUUUUGACGGUCAAAGGUUUUCCAAAGGAGGAGUUCAAAGUGAUCUCUAGCUGGCCUAGAAGAGAUCUGACUCUGUUAGAUGUGAAUCAUACACUCAAGGAUUUAAAAUUAUGUCCCCAAGAAACUGUGAUAUUAGAAGAACGAUAAAUUCAGUCACAUUCCCCGUGAGGGUUUAGUUGUGUAGCAGCAUUUACAUUAUGUUGGAGGAGUUAAAUAAUUAUGCAACAACAAGCAUCCAUUUCAGGUUUUGUUUGUAUAUAUAGCAAUAUUCUUAGCGACAGUUUUACAACUAAUACAGAACAUAAUAAUUGAAAUUAUUUGACUCAAAUAGCUGAAUUAUUUAUUGUCUUGGAAAAGCGUUAUGCGGUGAGUAUUUUACAAAGUGUUGAAAGAUCUAGAACAUCUCCUUACACCAAAUAUAAUUUAGUCACUCACUAUUAUAUUUCGCGGGGUAUAGUCGUUACUAUUCCCUGUCAAAACUGAUGUGAUAUAAAUUUGGGCUGAUCUUUUAAUACAAAAUAUCACUUCAUGGUUGAUAUCACGAAUAAUUUCUUAUCUAGGUUUAAGACUUUGUACAUAAAUUGCUGUUAUUAUUAGUAAUUGUAAUUUGUCCUUAUUUAUUAACUAACUUUAAUUAUAAAAUACCGUGAAUCAACUAGUAUUGUAGUUUUUGUAUGACAAUGUAAUAAUUGCCUAAGAGCUUCAAAUAUUUGUAAAAUAUUUCCAUGUACUAUUUAUUUCAGAAUACAAUUACGUCUUUAAUAAAUCAAUUAAAUUAUA